ACCACGCGCAUCACACAACAGAGGAUGGAGAGGAGAAAGAGUAUGUCGGCUUUGCCACCCUCCCAAACCAAGUACACAGGAAGUCGGUUAAAAAGGCUUUGAUUUCACUCUUAUGGUGGCAGGGGAGUCUGGUCUUGGAAAGUCCACCCUGGUCAACAGCUUGUUCCUCACAGAUUUGUACAAGGACAGGAAACUACUGAACGCUGAAGAGCGUAUUCAUCAGACAGUGGAGAUCACCAAACACACUGUUGACAUUGAGGAAAAAGGCAUUAAGCUGAAAUUGACCAUUGUGGACACACCAGGUUUCGGAGACGCCGUCAAUAAUACAGAGUGCUGGAAGGCCGUUACUGACUUUAUCGACCAGCAGUUUGAGCAGUACUUUCGAGAUGAAAGCGGCUUGAACAGAAAGAAUAUCCAGGAUAACCGUGUUCACUGCUGCCUGUACUUCAUCUCUCCGUUUGGACAUGGUUUGCGGCCAGUGGAUGUAGAGUUUAUGAAGGCACUGCAGGACAAGGUCAAUGUGGUUCCACUCAUUUCCAAGGCUGACUAUCUGACGCCUACAGAGAUGAGGAAGAUGAAGGACAGGGUGAGAGAGGAAAUUGAGAAGUUCGGAAUCAAAGUGUACCAGUUUCCAGACUGCGAUUCCGAUGAGGAUGAGGAGUUCAAGCAACAGGACCGAGAACUGAAGGAGUGCACCCCAUUUGCCGUGAUUGGAAGCAACACAGUAGUGGAGAUCAAAGGUCAACGGGUGAGAGGGAGACUUUACCCAUGGGGCAUAGUGGAAGUGGAGAAUCAGUCCCAUUGUGAUUUCGUCAAGCUGAGAAACGUGCUGAUUCGCUCACAUAUGCACGACUUGAAAGACAUCACAUGUGAUGUGCACUACGAAAACUACAGGGCACAGUGUAUACAGCAAAUGACAAGCAAUCUGACCCAGGAUAAUCGCGUGGAGAGCCCCAUCCCAAUAUUACCACUGUCCACCCCUGAUGUAGAAACAGAGAAGCUAAUAAAGAUGAAAGAUGACGAGUUGCGGAGAAUGCAGGAAAUGCUUCAGAAAAUGCAACAGCAGAUGCACGAACAGGACCUGUGAACGACGCCCCAUGAACAAAGAUUUAAACUUCUGCUUGUUGACAUUUUUACUCAAGUCAACAACACACUGAAAGAUAUGCAGUAUGGGAGCAAACAAGCAUAUUUGUAUGUUAGAACACGAUACACAGAUGUGAAAGGCAAGCAUGAGCUGUGCACUACGGUUUCAACAGGGUCUAGAUUUCUAAAACAGGUUCAGAGUUGAAAUAUUUUGUCAAACUAAAAAUCUGGUUUCAAUAGUUUUCACACUUUGUACAGAGUUUGUGGUCCUUUAUGAAUGUUUCCAUGGCAAUGGCUGCUUUAUACACAGUAGAUGUCAAAUGCUAGUCUUGUUCUUUAUUCUAGAGUUUUUGUUUACAAUUUUGUGUGAAUCAUUUGUAAUCCAUUUUUGUAUUUUUUAUAUAGCGCCUUUUUUAACCUUAGCGGUUACUUGAGCGCUUUACAAUGUCCCAUUCACAAACACUCACAUUCACACACCAAUGACAGCAGAGCUGCCAUGCAAGGUGCUAGCCUGCCCUUGGGAGCAACUUGGGGUUCAGUGUCGUGCCCAAGGACACUUCGGCAUGUGGAGUCAUGUGGGUCAAGAAUCGAACCGCCAACCCUGCGAUUAGUGGCCAACCCGCUCUACCACCUGAACCACAGCCACCCAGUUAAUGAGUGUGUGUGUGCAUCUGUGCUUAAAACAGAGUUUGGAGUGGAAAAGUAUAUAGGUGAUUUUAACUACUGUACACCAACACAGUAUUGUAGCAAAUCUAUACUAUGGAGCAUCUUAUAUACUGUCUUCACAAGAUGUAUUUAUUUUUAUUGUAUAAUUAAUUAAUAAAAAUAAUAGAUUUUGUAGUGUUUGAAGGCCUUAUAACCCUUCAGUUGCGAACUUAAAUUGUGGACGAUUACUGUAAUAACUCCAGUUUUAAAAUUACGGAGAACUGCUAAGAUAUUUCUCUUAAAGAGCCAUCCUUCAUUGCUUUCUUUAACAGAUCAUUUAUAGAUGCUUUAGUCAUAAUAUGCCACUUAUAAGAGGAUAAUGUCUGUCCUAAUAUAAUAAGCUAUUCGUGAUAUUUAGUGCUUAUAUUACUCACAAUCACAAAAGCAGAAAUCAGACCAUCUUUAUGAGUAGGGAGGCUCUUACAGAUUUUCUAUCACCUGUAUGUGUUGUUUUAGAUGCAUUUUGA